AGUAUCAAAAGUUUGUCGAAAUAACCUAAUAUGUCAGAUGCCAUAUUUAUUGGAAAAAAAAGAAGAGUUUUGGUUGGCAUUUGGCGAAUUGGCGCCAAACCGUCUAAUUUUCCAAAUAAAAAUCGAAUUAGUUUUCAAUUUUAGUAAAAAUGUUGUGGGCAGAUAAAUAUCGUCCUAAAGACUUUUCAAAUCUAGAUUAUUACAAAGAGCAAGCUGCGAAUUUAAAGAACUUAACUAAAGAUGGAGACUUUCCGCAUUUACUUAUGUAUGGCCCCUUAGGAGCAGGUAAAAAAACUCGAAUAAUGUGUAUACUGAGAGAACUGUUCGGACCAGGUGUAGAAAGAUUAAAAAUGGAAGUAAUGAAUUUUAUAACUCCUUCAAAUAAAAAAUUAGAAAUAAUGACCAUUAACAGCAGUCAUCACAUAGAAGUUAAUCCAAGUGAUGUUGGGAUUUAUGAUAGAGUUGUUGUGAUGGAUAUAAUCAAAAACGUAGCCCAAAGUCAACAGUUAAACGCAAAUGCUACAAGAGACUUUAAAGUUAUAGUUCUUACAGACGUAGAUGCUCUCACAAAAGAUGCCCAGCAUGCUUUAAGAAGAACCAUGGAGAAGUACAUUUCAAACUGCCGUAUAAUAUUGUGUGCAACAUCAGUAUCGAGAGUAAUACCUGCCAUCAGAUCCCGUUGUUUAUGUAUCAGAAUUCCUGCUCCAACAGAAGAAACAAUUAUCGAGAUUCUACAAAAUACAUGCAAGAAAGAAGAUUUGAAAUUACCUUCUGAAUUAGCCAAACGAAUUGCUGAAGUCUCUAAUCGCAAUUUACGUAGGGCACUAUUGAUUUGUGAGGCCUGUAAAGUUGAACAGUAUCCAUUUACAGAUAAUCAGAAAGUGCCUGAACCUGAUUGGCAAGUUUUUAUUAAAAAAACUGCUGAUAAAAUUUUGCAAAAUCAAAGUGUUGAGACAUUAUCAAAAGUUAGAGAAGAUCUUUAUGAACUCUUAACAAAUGAUAUACCUUCUGAUAUUAUAUUUAAAACAAUGUUGGGAGAAUUGUUAAAAAAAUGUGAUGCCAGUAUUAGUGCAAGAGUUGUUGAAGAAGCUGCUAGACAUGAACAUAGGAUGGCACAAGGGAACAAGGCUAUUUUCCAUUUGGAAUCAUUCGUAGUUAAGUUUAUGUAUAUUUAUCAAAGUAUGAUGCAGGAGAUGUUCGCAGAAUUUUAA